AUGAAAAAGCUCCAGGUGACCUUGAAGUCAUCGUCUGAGGAGGAGGGAUCAUCAUACGCUAAGCAUAUUGAUGAAGUCCACAAUUGGAUGAUGGAGAGCCUUCAUUUGACAGGUUGGCAGAACGAUAUUGUGUCGCUCUGUCAACGAAUGCUUGAUCCAGACCGAGCCAGGCGUCCUAAAGCUGGGCAUAUCUCUUCAGAAUUAUCGAAUCUCCUGGUUUCGGACAAGCCUGUUCAUUGCACGUGCACCGCAGACUCGGUUCUCACUGAAGACGAUAAGUUAGUUGAAGCUUGCAAAGCGCGUUCUGAGGACGAGGUUAAACACGCACUUAAGCAAGGAGCCGACCCGAACACCUUGAAAGGAAUCCAUUACGCAGCGGAGAAUGGUUCUGUGAAUAUUGUGGGCUUGCUUCUGGAACAUGGGGUAGAUGUCGACACUCCGAAUCCGACUGGCCAAACGGCAUUGCAAUGUGCUGCCCGAAACGGGUCCGAGGACGUGGUCAAGUUUCUACUGCAGAAGGGAGCUGAUGUCAACGCUAGAGAUGAGAAUGAUCACACUGCACUUCAUGGAGCAGCGGGACAAGAUAACAGCGAUAUAGUUAAGAUGCUACUCGACGCUGGGGCCGAUCCUGAUGCUGAAGACCUCGAUGGAAACGUUGCAAUAGAGUUUGCAGAGAGAAGAAAGCUGGAGGAAAUAAUUGAUAUACUAGAAAAUCAUCAGAUAGACGACGCAUGA